UUGCCGUAGACAUCUGCCCAAAGCACCAGUGCAAAGUUGACCGAGCACCGUAUUCGUUGCAAGGUCCCCAAGUGCUUUCCUCCGCCACGGCGAGCGUCAAACUUCAGCCGCCUUCGAAGCAAGGGCCGCCGUUUCAAGUGCUUCAACCUCAUCCCCCUUUGGUACUCCCUCUCAAAGCUAUAGCGAGCCGCCACCUCCAACGAGCCUGCCUGCCAUGUCUUCAUCACAAGUCAAAGUUCCCUCAGAGCCGUUUGGCUCCGUCCUGCCCUUCGCCGAGCCUGCAUGGUACGGGUCGCUGGGUGACACGUCUCCUUUCUACACCGAUUCGCACCGUAGGCUUCGAGCGUACUGUCGGGACUACGUCGACAGCUUCAGCCACAAGGCUGGCGAGUGGGAGGACAAGGGCACAAUACCGUCAGCCCAAUACCAAGAGCACGCAGCCAGAGGCUUCGUCGCAGCAUCGAUUCAGCCCUUCCACAUUCCAUCGCUGAAAGCAGCUGGUAUACAACUUCCUGCAAACAUCCCUCCUGAAGAAUGGGAUAAUCUGCACAACGUGGUUCUCUUUGAUGAGCUGAUGCGACACGGCUUCCUUGGCGUCAACUGGGCGCUCGGUGGCGGAAACGGAAUCGGCGGCCCGCCACUUGUCAACUUCGGUAGUGAAGACCUGAAACGAGAGCUUUUGCCAGAUAUUCUGCUGGGUAAAAAGCGGAUAUGCUUGGGUGUCACGGAGCCGUUGGCCGGCUCGGACGUGGCUGGCAUCAAAACAACCGCGGUACGCUCCACCGAUGGAAAGCACUACAUCAUCAAUGGCCAGAAGAAAUGGAUUACAAAUGGAGUCUUUGCCGACUAUUGCACUACCGUCGUCCGCACAGGAGAGGAGGAUUCGGGCGCAGGUGGCAUCAGUGUCAUUGUGGUUCCUAUGCAUUUGGAAGGCAUCGAGCGGCGUCUGCUCAAGAAUAGCGGCGUCAAUGUGUCUGGGUCGACAAUAAUCACAUUCGACGACGUCAAGGUCCCCGCACGCUACCUGCUCGGCAAAGAGAACCAGGGCUUCCGCAUCGUAAUGUCCAACUUCAAUGGAGAGCGUCUCGCCUUGGCCGUCUCGGCGCUGCGCAUGUCACGCGUCUGCAUCGAGGACGCAUACGCAUACGCGUGCAAGCGGCACACAUUUGGAAAGCCGCUGAUCGAGCAGCCCAUCAUUCAAUCAAAAUUUGCCGACAUGGGCCGACGCGUCGAGGCGCUACAUGCGUGGAUGGAGGCCCUGGCGCAUCAAAUGCACGCAUGCGGCAACACGCCGCAGGGCAAGAAGAUCGCAGACAUGGAGCUCGGGGGAAGAAUCGCGCUGCUCAAAGUCGAGAGCGGAUACGUCCUCGAGCUUUGUGUCAGAGAGGCGCAGCAGAUCAUGGGCGGCCUGGGAUACCAGCGCGGUGGUGACCACGCUGGCGCGCGCAUUGAACAAAUCAGUCGCGACCUCAGGGUGAUGGUCGUUGGUGGCGGGUCCGCCGAGAUCCUGUCGUCGCUUGGUGUCAAAAUGGAAAAAAUGAAGGCAGACGCGCGCCUUUGAUCUUUUGGAUUGGCGGCUGUACAUCCUUUGCUAUCCAUGUCCACUGAUGGAAGCGCUCCUUGCUGGCGCGUUUUGUGUGCAAAAGAUAUGUACGUUGUUCUUCAGUACAAGGGAC